AUGGCCGACUCAAGCCGUUUCGCAUCCCCCAUACCAGCAUAUUUCCGUGAACCACCAAUCUUGAUCGACAGCCUCGAGACUGAGACAUCCACCCUCCAGGAGAACACGGUGAAUGAGUGUCUACCUCUGCUGAAUGGAGCCAAUGACCCUACCCGGAACCCUUUUGAUUUCAAUAGGUUCGGAGUACCUAAUCUAGAGCGGGAGGACCACAUCAACUUUCUCCACGACAAUUUAGCUGAGUUCCCAGCACCAUUCGUCGGCAUUGAUGCUAGCCGCCCUUGGAUGGUUUAUUGGGCCCUAUUGUCGCUUUACGUGCUUGGGGAGGAUAUUUCUCCGUUUCGCUCAAGGGUCGUCAAAACAUUUUAUCCAAUGCAAAAUGCCACUGGAGGUAUAGGCGGAGGCCAUGGCCAGUAUUCUCAUCUUGCUGGAACAUACGCAGCCUUGUUGAGCCUUGCUUUGGUCGGAGGCGAUGAAGCUUAUUCCCUCAUCGACCGCGAACAAAUGUGGCAUUGGCUGGGCCGGCUCAAGCAAGUCGACGGAGGUUUUCAAAUAUGUGAAGGCGGGGAAGAAGAUGUUCGAGGAGCAUACUGUGCCUUGAUUGCCGUUUCGCUUCUCGAUCUUCCUCUUUCGCUUCCUCCAGAUUCCCCCGCCAGGGACGCCGGCUUGGAAACUUUCGUGGAUGGUCUCGGCGAGUACCUCUCUCGAUGCCAGACCUAUGAAGGUGGAAUUGCAUGUUCGCCAGGGAAUGAAGCGCACGGUGCAUACGCCUUCUGUGCGAUUGCAUGCUUAUGUCUCUACGGCCAGCCUCAUGAGUCACUCCGAAAAUUCCUCGACAUCGAUGCCUUGAUCUGGUGGCUGUCUUCUCGACAGUAUGCCCCGGAAGGGGGUUUCGCCGGUCGCACAAACAAGCUCGUGGAUGGCUGUUACAGCCACUGGAUUGGUGGAUGCUGGCCAUUGGUCCAGGCUGCUUUGAAGGGGCCACGAGGCCCGGCCAACCGGCCAGAAAUGGCCAUGAUCGAGAAUCUGUACAGCAGCGAAGGUCUUGCAAGAUACAUCUUGUGUUGUUGCCAAGGUCCACGUGGUGGAUUGAGAGACAAACCCUCGAAGCGUCCUGAUUCCUAUCAUACCUGCUACAAUCUUUCGGGCGUCAGUAUCGUCGAGCAUUUGCACACCUAUGGGGUAGCCGACAGUUCUGUCCCAUUCGCUUCUGCUUUCUCAUGGGAGGCUUCCAAAGCUCAGAUUCCGAGCGAAGGGGAUCCGGCCGCCACAUUCGACGCAGGCGCGCAUACCAGAGCUAUUCACCCGGUCUAUGUUAUUCCUCAUCAAGCUGCUCAUGCCAUGCGGGAGUGGGCAUUAUCUCGACCACUCAACCUGGCAGGGAUCAAAUGA